CCCAUUGGGAGCUUAGUGUUCUUUGUUCGUAAUGAGGGGCUUUGUAAUUCUUCUGGUCUGCCUGUCCGCUGGUUCUGCCUUGGCUGGAACCAUUGGCGUGUCCAAUGCCGAUCCCUUCGCCCGCGAGGGUCGCAUUGUGGGCGGCGAGGAUACCACCAUAAGGGCCCAUCCCUACCAGGUUUCCCUGCAGAAAAAAAACUCUAACCAUUUCUGCGGCGGCAGCAUCAUUGACGGCUACACCAUUGUGACGGCUGCCCAUUGUUUGGUGGGCCAGAAGGCCGAGAAGAUCUUUGUGCGCCUGGGCUCCACUCUCUACAAUGAAGGCGGCCGGCUGGUGGCUGUCCGGGCUUUGGCCUACAACGAGAACUACAACUCCAAGACUAUGGAGAACGAUGUCGGCAUUCUAAAGCUGGCCGAGGAGGUCGAGGAGACUGAUGACAUUCGGUAUAUUGGUUUGGCUGAGGAGACUCCGGCAACGGGAACGCCCGCAGUGGUCACUGGAUGGGGAUCCAAGUGCUACUUCUGGUGCAUGUCACUGCCCAAAACCUUGCAGGAGGUCAUCGUCAGCAUCGUGGAUUGGGGGAGAUGCGCUUCGGAGGAAUAUAAAUACGGUGAAAUCAUAUACCCCUCCAUGGUUUGCGGCUACGAGAAAAAGAAGGACGCCUGUCAGGGAGACUCCGGCGGUCCUUUGGUGGCCGAGAACGUGCUGGUGGGCAUUGUGUCGUGGGGCUAUGCCUGCGCUUCGAAUCUCCUGCCUGGAGUCUACAGCGAUGUGGCUGCUUUGCGUAAAUGGAUUCUUUCUACAUCCGAAACUUUGUAAAGAGUUGAAUAAAAUUCUAAUCGAAGCAUA